UGAAGUUUUGUCUUAAUCUUCGUGCAGUUAGAAAAGGAAUUUUGCUGAAAACUUUGGAAAAUUUGGUGCAAGCAACUGUAAAAAAGUGCAAAUUGUAAAAUGUAAAUUCAAUGCAAAAAAAAGCUGUAAAAAGUAAGCAUUAUCUGCAAAGUAGAGCAGUACCAUCACUACCAACAGCGUUGCGGAUAAAAAGGUGUCAGAAAAAAGGCCUGAAAAAGGGCGGAAAGGUGCACCCAAAAAUUUAACGAGGAAGGGAAGCACAAUCAGCAGUGAAAAAAAUCUCCCAUUAUCGUAUGCAGCGCUAGCAUAGUCCAGCCCACCGCCCCGUAGCAAUUGUAGUCGGGAUGUCUGCGUUACUACAGGAAUUAGAAAUCUUUCAGCUGCGCCCGCUGAUCACUAAUUUUAGUUGCAAAUUAUCCACAGUGAGCGAGUACGAUGUUCGCAAACAAUUACUGUGUCUCGUCUCUGAAGAAAAUGAUAUUGUGCUGCGCUACACAAGUGAAGGCGGACAGGAAGUGCUUAAAUUGAUUUCCUGGUUUCGACGCACCAAUCGGGUAGUGCAUGACGUUUGCUUUGAUCCCUCCGGCACUUGGCUGUUGGUAUUGUGCUUCGACAACACAUUGCACAUUGUGCCUGCACUCGCUGUGGUUGACAAAACAUUCAUGGAGCCAACGAAUUCAGCGCAUCCGCCGCAGCAGCCAUACAGCACAACACAAAUUACCUCAUACAUUAUCCCAUUUGUUGGACCACACGAGUGUCCCAAUUCAAAAAAGUGCCCUAACCAGGCCACAUUCAAUGAGACAACAGUAAAACCGCAAUCUCCAUCACCACCCGUAAUGCCUACGGAUAGCGACGAGCAGGGAAAAAGCCUUGCAGUGGCUGUGCAGCCAGCAGAGGGCGAAAAACUUUCAGAUUCACGGGAAAGUAUCGUACAGGCGUCACAAUUACUCGUUGAAGUUGAGGUGAAUAUCGCACCUAAACUGCCAGUCGAUGCGAAUCUCGAAGCUUAUAGCCAUGAUGUGCCCGCUAGCAUGCUUGCGCCCAGCGCACCACCUAAUGUCAGUGAAGAUAAGACGGGUAAUGCACAAGUCAUGGCUACUUCCUUUAUGGCAUCGGUAACUUGUCCAUAUCCACUGGCGGUUGUAUGGUGGCAAACUAUUGAUGGCGUAAAUCGCGCUGUUAUUGGCUAUUCGGACGGUUCCAUAUGUUUUGUGGGUUUGAGUCCCAAUUGUCCUUUUGUCGCGAGUACCGCAAUCGAAACGGGGUCCAUAGUAAAGCUGCUUAUUUGCAAAGACAGCACUUUCGAGAGUGUUAUGUUACUGAUUACUUCCUCUCUGAAGCAGCAAUUUAAGUUGCUACUGGAACAAAAGGCCAUUAAAUACAUCUAUCCCGGCGAGCUGUCACCCAGCACCGUGCACGGCCGGGACAGUGAUUGGCAAAUCGUUAUGCCACUAAAAACGCAAAGUAACUGCUCUGAUCCGGCAUCGGACAACAGCCAGUUGGAUGAAGAUGUAUUUCUAAAAAACGAUGAGGUUCCGAGCACAUCAAAUGGUGUCCAACUGCGACGUUCGGGCUUGAUUUCUGGUGCUCAUAUGCAAAUGCCGAAGACAGCAGUGCCACCACCGCCUCCACCUUACACAGUGGCUAUAAAUCGGCACUUAGACACGGCAACCACAACAAGCAUAUCUGCAUUAGGUGGAAACAAUGCGGGUAUGACGAAUAGCAGCACCAGCAUUUCCUCUACUACAGCCAUUGGCAAUGGGAACUCUGCGACGGGUGUACGUUUCACACAACAACAGCUGCCUGAAUUGGACGAUGUGAAUGCACGUGCUGGCAUUUUGCCAGCGGCACGUGCACGUCUAGCCUCUUUGAAGAGCCUAGGCACAAAAAAGCUUAAUGCCAUCAAAAUGCGUCUUUCCGAUAAUCGGCAAAAACUUGAAGACUACAUGCCUGAAAAUACUCUUGGCAAUUUCGCUAUUAUGGAUUCACCAUCACUCACACCCGAAGUGCUUAACAACUCCAGUGGCUCCUUUUACACCAUACAGAAUCUGCGAAGCACCUAUCUGCUAAGCGCGCUGCACAGUCACACAAACAGUCUGACUGUUCAUAGCAUUGAUAUUAGUUUGAAGCCACUGUUUUUAUAUAAAAUCCCGAAGAAUUGUUUUGAUAUACUAAUAAGCUCAAAUUUGCUCUACACUAUUCAAUAUGUUGAUAUAAAUGCCCAUAAUCCAAAGGAAACCAUAUCUCAGAACAUCGAAAAGAAUACAGAAAAGGAGAAUCGCGACACAGAUGUUGAAAAAGAAGAUAACUAUGCCGAGAAAGUGGCCAAUGUGAGCGACGUGAGUGAAGAUUUUGACUCGCUGCUUGCUGGCAUGAACAUAGCACCCUCAUAUAGUGCAGAUACUAGUGCGACCACAAGUGGGCCAUCCAGCAGCGACAGUUUGUCGCCAAGCAAUGCAGUGAAUGCGGUAGGAGUGAUCAGCAGUGCAAUGGCUUCGUUGCGUACUGGCGAUGAGGAUCGUUUCAACACCUCCUCCCAGUUGACUGUUUUUCGCUUUGAAAAUGAAACUGUGCUUAAUCUCUAUCAAAUGGCGACCUAUCAUACUAGCGAUCUAAGUGAAGUCAUAUCAAAGGAGGAUAAAGCUAAAGCAUUCGAUUUCAAGGACAUCCGCUCUCCCAUGGAUUACGUGCAGUUCUAUGAGAACGCAGAUGUCAAAGAGGAGUACUCAUUGCGUCAAAUGGAAAUUAUGAAGCAUGAAUUUCCAAAAAUCAACUAUGAUCCCUGCUAUGUGGUCACCAACAAAAAUGUUUACUACAUACAAUUAAAAAAAGAGCCGUUUGCCGUCUUCCUGGACUCUGCUUUAGCCGGUGAAUGGACACAAUGUCGUGAAUUCUGCAACACCUUUGAUCUCGCCUACGAAGCGUGCAUAGAAUUUGCGGGUGAUUAUCUACUGCGUCGCAAGAAGGUCACACAAGCGCUCGUCACCUAUAAUUCAGCACGAAUUAAACCCAUCCGUACAGCUCUCAAGCUAGCCAUGUUCGGACAAACAUGUGCACUAAUGCAUCUCUGUGCUAUGGCGCUGAAAACGACAUAUCUGCUCAAGUCGAAAUAUUUUUGCAGUCCCAUAAUAAAAACGGUGCUUAAAGAUAUUACAUAUCGCCAUUCGGAGGAUGUGCGCUCCGUACUGCCAUUCUCGAAAAGCACAAAUCUCUUAAAUGUGGUGAAUGAGGGGCAAUCAGCGGGUGAUUACACAUAUGGAGUGGAUGAUUCGCUUAGUAAUUUACAAAUGUCACCAUCAUCACAAUUUCAUUUGGCCAAUUUAUUGUUAAUAACACUGGCGGAACGCGCCGUGAAUGAUAAAAAUUACUUACCACUAUGGAAUUUCUUGGUAACCAACACAAAAUACCACACGAAUAUGACGAGCAUUGUACUUUGUCAAAGCGGGCUCUUCUCUUCUGCGCUUAUUUUGGCGAAGACGCGAGGCGUUUGUAUAGACACAUUUCUGGCGUUGACCAGCGUUGUUGGACAGGAGUUCGGUAAAUAUCGUAAAGACUGUUUACAAGAAAGGAAUAAUAACUGUUUUACGUUAGGCUGGUAUACAGAGAUGAAUGUGUGCUUAUAUAAUUUGAGUGAACUAAUGUUCGCUGAAACAAUCACCUAUUUGCCGCAGGUGGCCGUGGACUAUUUUGGUUUUAUUCAAGAGAAACUUCCGAAUAUACGACAUUGUGUACUUAAGCGCUUAGAACAACAACUCAACCCUUUUUCUGCCGUACUUCGUCCAGUGGUUUCGCACACUUCCUCCGGUCACUUAGAGCUCAAUAUAAAUGACAAUAAAACAUUUUUAUUUGAUUUUUGUAAAAAUCUAAUUGAGACAUAUUUAGCAGUUCUCAUAUACAUGGAAUCUCAACGUUCAAAGAGCGAGCACAUAAUCAACGCUUUAUCUACAUUUCGUAUAACAUACGAGGACAAUCAGUUUGCAAUCGAAACGUCUCGUUUCAAACCUAUCUCAGCUGGUUGUGCACAUUGCGCUUGCGUUGUGGAUGGUGUUGCUUACUUUUGGGGUUCGAAUGGAGUGCCUUGCAAUUAUAGCGUUAACAAGUCUUCCGAUCCUCCAGAGCCACCACAUGCAGUUAAAAGUUUAGAUUUGCUGUCACAAUUGAAUUUGGAAGUUCAUACAGUGAAAUGUGGACGGCAGCAUACUUUAGUAUUAACGAACAAUGGGUUGUAUGCCUUUGGCAACAAUAAUCUUCUACAAUUGGGCACUGGACGCGAUAUGCAAGUGUCAUUACAACCAAUGCUUGUGCGCGCUUUCGAUGGUAAAAAUAUAACAAUCAUAGAAGCGGGACAAUAUCACAAUGCUGCUGUUGCUGACGGAGUGUUAUAUACCUGGGGUUGGGGCAUAUAUGGGCAACUAGGUCAUGGGAACUGCGAGAGUGUGCCUGAACCGAAAGUAGUUUCAUUCUUCAAAUCAAAGAAAAUACUCCAAGUAUCCCUGGGCCACGCGCACAGCUUGGUUCUCUGUCAGGCAACAAACAACCCAAAUGCCACCGAUUUAUUUGUGUUUGGCUCUAACCAUUUUGGCCAAUUGGGUGUUGGUACAGGUUUGUCAAAUUUCGAAGAAGGCAGCAACAUUUCCGCCGACGAUGGAAUGCAUUGCACUAGUCAAGUGAAGAGCUUGGUGCCGCUGAAGCUAUUCGUGUGCGCCGAAAGAAUAAGACUGAUACAUACCAAAUUUUUUUCUAACUUAGCUGUCGAUGAAAACGGGCACAUGUACACGUGGGGCUCAUCGCCACAGGCGCUACGUUUGGCGAAUCAGAUAAAACGACGUGCGAAUGCUAAACAAAAAAUGGAAGAGCAUCAACGGCGUGAAAUGAGCAAACGUUUCGAAGCUACAUUAGCCAGUGACACCACAAGCACGCCUUGCGUUUCAUCAACGUCCAAAAGCGCUUAUGAGGAAGCACCCAAGUCGAUGGCCAAUGAAAUUGUUUCUAGCAUACUUACAGAUGUUAUUGACAAAACCGCAGCACCGACCGUUCUUGAAGCCACGACCGAAAUCGCUCCAGUAACAAGUAUGGUUGCUCCGAAUACAAGCAAAGACCUAGAGCUCGAUGAAGUUUUGGCAUCAAGUGUUAUUGCUGUGCAAGAAGAUGACGAACUGAAAGAGGAGGGCAUGAAAGAAAUCAUAGUUAAAGAAAUUGCUGCAGCCGGCACUGAGAUCACCAUACAGUUAGUAAACGAUGUUGUUGAGGAAUUGGUCGAAAAAGUUAAGCCGAUGGUUGCACAGCCGCUAAAGCCUUUGAAGCCUAUUUCGCAGGAAGUUGACGGAGCUUCAGCAAACGCGGCAGACACCCAACAGCAGAAGGCAGGGGCUGCGACGGUGAAUGCAUCAGCUGCUGACGUCGAUCCUUGCGAACAUAUGACACCACAUUUGGUGGACACAACCGAAGUGGCAGGGCAAAUAUUACAGAUCUCAAGCGGACUCUUCCACUUCGCCUUGAUCUCAUCCACUUGCACUUUGUACACUUGGGGCAAGAAUUUAGAACACCAGCUGGGCACAGGCGAUAAGGAGCGCCGUGCAGUCAGCAAACCCUCGCCAGUGGACUGCGUCGAUCGUCCGAUGUACGUUGAUUGCGGCGCUGAUUUUACGCUCGUCAUGACCACUGAAUACAUGGUUAAGGCGUUCGGUGGCAAUUCAAACGGACAGUGCGGUCGCGAUCUGGGUCCCUCCAUCGAUAAAAUGAAACAGCGUGUUGUUUGUUUGCCCACCACCAAGCGGCUAAUGCGUUUCGAAAGUCAAUGUGUAGACAUGCCUGUCGAAAUAAAUUUGCCACGCCCACGCAUACGUUUGGAAUCAGAUCCUGUACGCUAUUUGAAAAGUAUACCUAAAUAUCAACCCCAGUUCAUGCAAGAGGCUGGCAUAAGUUUCGAUGAUGCGGCUAACUUUGAGCGUCCAUCGCCUUCGAAUCAGUAUAAGUCCACUACUCAGGCUGAUAGUAGUGAGAAUGUAGUUACCGGUCAAGACUCCGAUGAAAUGAUCUCAAGCCUAGAGAAUUUAAGUAACAAUGAACCGAACGAUGGGUGUUCAUUGAACUUUUCGUUGCUGCCUUCGUCAGGUGCGGCUGGUGUGGUGCCUGCGUCAGCAGUAACGGCAGAAGAUGGCCAGCAUAGUAUCGCUGUGGAUGAUAUAACCCCAGAUGAACAGAGUUAUGCGCGCCUACCCGUUACGGAUAACUCGGACACAAGCUGUGCUGUGGCCGGCCAACAGAGUGUGGAACAAUGUCCACUGGUAGCGGAAACAAAGCUGGAGGCAAACGACGAACGUACACCACAAGCCGGUGGCUCGCAAAGUACGCUCACUUCGAAUGCGCCCGUCGAAGGUGAAGAAGACACUUUGGAGGAGGACGAGAGUUUACAGCAGCUGCGUCAGUAUAUACACUAUUGCUUGUACGUGUUCCACGGGUUGUACAAUCCCGACAAAAUUAGUGAUUUCUCGAAAGAUCGCCUGGAGUAUCGCGUACGUACACUUAUGCUCAAUUUCAAAUUUGUGGAUGCGUUUGUAUUGUGCCUGCAAAAUUGCAACAGCGCAAAUAAAGCAUUGAAAGUUUUCGCAUACUUCUCCAAGGACACGGGACUCGUGCCGCUGCGACGACAAGAUGUGAAGUACUUAAUUUACUAUUUGAUGAGACACUUUAUGGCGCAAAAAUUCGAUAUGCUUGAAUGUGAACGUUUCUUUAUGGGUGAUCUUGAGUACUACUUGCUCGAAUUAUCGUAUGUGCUGUUCUUUAACAACAACAAUACAAUGCUGGAGAGAAAUUUAAAUGAGAAAUUCAAGAGCUAUUUUGCGGACGAGGAAGCGCACCUAAAUCAAAAUCAAAACGAUAAUGAGCAGUCGCAACAUAACCUGGAGGAUACGGAUGUGAUAUUCGAUAGCCUAAGCGUUAAGUUCAAAACGAUCGUUUGCCAGAGGCUGAUGCAGCACUGCAACAAUUAGUUGCUGGUGCUAAGCACCAUUAGAUUAACUUGUUUUUAAUUUAUUAAUUCGUGAUAUGAGUUGUUUUUUAGUUCUUUCGGCGUUUUAUAUUGUAUUUAAAUUUACACCUAAUUUAUAUAUAUUUGUGUUAUAACGAGAAAAUGUAAUAUACAUAUACAUACAUACAUACAUAUUUAUAUUCAUUUAUACCUCAUACAUUAUAUGCGUUACUUAUGUGUU